AUGCUCGAAAGAUUUAUACAACUUGAAGAAGCUGUAAAGGCAACAACAGCGCUACUAAGUACCAAUCUGCCGAUUUUAGAGCAAAAAGAAUGGCAAAUUCUGAAAGAAUUGGUACAAAUUCUAAAACCGUUUGAGUCGGCCACAAAAAUAUUUAGUGGUGACACUUACGGAACUGCAGCAAUUGUUAUACCUGUCGUCAAUGGUUUAACUGAUAUCUGUGCAAAACUGCUACAAAAAGAUUUAUCUGAUUGUAUAAAAAAAGUAUUACAAAUAUUUCAAAGUGGUAUUAAGAAUCGUUUAGAAAAAGUCCAUGAAAACAGAAUUCUUUGUGGGGCCAGUUUCUGCGACCCUAGAUUUAAGUUACAUGCUUUUACAAAUCAAACAGCACAAGGGCUGGUUAAGGAACAAAUGAUAUCUGCUGUGACUGACAUGAUUGUUAAGGUAUCGAAUUCGAAUGAAGGUACACAAGAUCAAAAUAUUCGCAUAAAUUCCUCAGAAGAGGUGAAUGAUGAUGAACUUUCGGUGUGGUCCGCAUUUGACAAAAAUACAUCCGAUAAAGCUGUUCCUCAAGAAACUUCCUCAACAUCAACACGCGCUAUUAUUGAAAUCGAGAGAUUUCUCGAAUGCGGAUUAAUUCCUAGAAACGAGGAUCCGUUAAAAUGGUGGAGGAUCAAUGGAUAUCAAUAUCCUUACCUAAAACGUGUUGCCCAAGAAAAGCUCAGUGCUUUAUGCACUUCAGUACCAUGUGAACGGGUAUUUUCAAAAGCAGGCUUGGUUAUUACAGACAAAAGAAGUCGUUUAAGUACAACAAAAGCCAACAUGAUUUUAUUUUUGAAUGUUAAUGGAAUUCACUUGUAA